CGGUGAUUACUUGUAACGCGUCAUUUGACUGAGCGCGUACUGAUCAGAUCACCAGAGUGUUUGUCGUCUGCAAUCAAUACAUUAACAUGCAGGAUGUUCGCCGAGGCUUUCUGCAAUCAAUAGCAUAUGCGCAGUAGCAUUAGUAGAUAAUCUAUAAGCCGUGAAGGAAAAUCUAGAAAAUAUCUUAGUAGAGAGUUACAAACGACAACAUGUGUAAGUCUGUGUUCUGAAGCGUGUCAGAUGUUGCCAAACUAAUGACGCAACAAUUUGUCGACAUUUUGAAAUAUGAGUAGUUUUAUAUUAUUAUCGAUGUUCUUGUCGGUACUGGCGAACGGCGAUAUAGUUGAGGGUGAGGAGAGGUCAACUGUUGGGAAACUAGCCAUCGAAGCAAGUAGGCCUAUAUCAACCCUACAAACAGAAUUACUUUUGAAGUCAUCAAGUACACCUCUGUCGCCUACUCCAACCUCGAAAAGAUUUUCUCAUUCGUCGUCGACCAGUUCAGCACAUGAAUCGGAACCAGUGACAGUUAUACCAAAGAGCUUUUUUGAAAUAUUAGGACUGAAUUCGAACUUAACAAGUAUGUUAAGCAAGACCUCCAUCCAUACUCUGCAAGUACAACCAUUAACUUCUAUUUUACCAACUUCUCAUUGUCUAGAUGAUCUUAACAAAUCAUAUGAGGUUUCCGGGACAGAGCCUUUGAUAAUGCCAUCUUCCACCCACGUGGUUACGUUCGACACAUACAGUAGGUCUAAUGUCCGAAGCCACGAUUCCAUCCAUGCCACUAGUACUGAGCUUUUUGUAUUACAUACUGGUUAUUUGACAGUAACACAAAAUUUACUGACGGGAGAGGACUGGAGAACUGCAGAGAAUUCCGUAAGAAGUAUAAAAAGCACUCCCGGCUUACCGUUCAUUCCACUCACACAAAGUAUGUAUGACUUAGGCCGGACUAGUUCAACUUAUAUGCAAACGGCAAACGUUCAGACAACUUCAAAUUUUGACAUAAAAAGUGGUGUUGAUUUACAUUUCUCAUCAAACAUUUAUUUAUCGGGUCACAGUUUGAUACAUUCAAGUAUCAAUUUAACGCAGGCGACUCGCAGUUUCACGCAUUCAGGUAGUGAUUUGACGCAGUCAAGUCACAAUCUGACGAAUUCAAAUCAUUCCUUAGCUUCUACACAAAGUUCUUCAACAGCCAAUGAAGAGUUGUAUUCUGUCAAAGACCCGCCAAAUGUAGUUGAAUCAAAUAAAAAAGAGUCCAUCUAUCCAUUCAGUUUUACAUUCACGUCAAGUAGUACAUCUUCUCUGAUCUUCGUCAUGCCGGUAAUCGUGUGUGUAGUGUUAGCAAUAAUGCUUUUCACGGUUUUCAAACGAUGGCAUUUCUACUGCAAAUUAAAGAAAUAUAGGAUACGAUCAAGUAACACUACUGAAUCAGUUCUGUCGCAGACGUUACAGACUGCGUCAACACAACAGGCAACAUCAACGACAAAAAUUGCACAUGCGCAGACAAGUGGAUCAUUACAACCAAAGAGGGCGGCAAGCACAUCUAAGGCCAUCACAUCAGAUAUGUUGAGGCGUUACAAACCAACACUUGAAUAUGUAAACAGAGGCUUCCAAUAUUCUCCCGAUUGUCCCAUACACGGCAGACGAACCAGCAGGAAAACUACACAAGCAGUCAUCGAAGUUUAAUUAUAAUUUGAAAAAAAAAUCAAUCUAUCUUUUUACAUUUUUUUAAUUGUUUUUCUAUUUCUAAAAUUAAAAUUUAUAAAUGAAUAAUAUAUAUAGGCACAAGAAAGUAUAAUACAUACUCCAAGUAUGCAGAUUCGCUUGUGUCCUUGGGCAUGGCACUUUAGCUGCAUUGCUUCUGUCUAGUACCCAGCUGUAUCAAUGGUUACCAGCAAACUGCUGGGGACUAGCCUGCGACGGACUAGUGUCCUGUCCAGGGGAGUACAACUCUCAUCCGCUUCACACUACAGAACCUGGGGAUAAG